GAUAGAUCAUCAGCUUGUCAUGCAGUGAGAAUUUUAUCAAAUUUAGUGUAGAUCAAAUUAGCAUGGAAAUAUGAAGGCAGCAUUUUGAUGGACCAGUGAAGUCAUCGAGCCGCACAGAUAUGUUUGCCGCACCCAAUGAAUCAGAAGUCUGCGUCUCACGACUAGUCUCGAUAAAAUGAAUCAUGGGCCUGUCGCAACAUUGUGGGAUGCUUUUCAUGACCAAACAUUUGGCAGUCUGGAAAUAAAAAUGGAGUGUGCAAAAUGUCUUGAACCUGUUGGAGAGGCUGCCAACUUUUGUGGGAAAUGUGGAACACCUUUCAUCCGAGAAAGUGACGAUGAUCAAGUCAAAUGUAGAGAACAGCAACAAGGACAAAAGCAAGAUAAUGCACCAGUACAUAAUCCAGAUGGUGCUAACACCCAACCAACACCACAACAUUUGCCAGAUCAUCAGAUUUAUCAAACUCAAAUGAUGAACUUUCCACAUGAAAGUGGCUAUUACUCAACAAACCCACAAUAUUCACCAGAUCUUCAGUUUUAUCAAAUGGCACGCUUUCCAUCAGGACUUGGCAAUCAUCAAGCAGUACCAAAGCAUCAACCAGAAACAACCAUAUAUCAAAGGGCAAACAUUCUAUUAGGAAGCAGCUAUUAUCCAACAACACCAUCUUAUCCACUUUAUCCUUCCUGUAAUCAAGUGUCAUACUUUCCUCAAGGAAGUGACCCAUACCCAGCCACACCCCAACAUGAACCAGAUUCAAAGCUUCCACAAAAAACACCUAUUGAUCAGACAAACCUGGCGAAUGACCACGAAAUUGCAGGACCACAAAAAGGUGAUUAUGAUAAAGUUCCAGGCAGACAACCUGGACAACCUAAUUUUAACCUGCAAGGUGGUGGGUGUAAGCCAGUGCAACAACAAUUUCCACCAGGUCCUUUGUAUUGGCCACCACAACCAAUUCCACAGGGAAUUGGAUAUCCACCAACACAAAAUAUCCAGCAACCUGGCAGCUAUAACCAGUAUUACCCACCUGGACAUGAGUAUAUUGCAGUGCCUUUAGUAUCAGAAAAAGGUGAUCAUGGUCAAGUUCCAGGCAGACGACAAAAACAACAAAAAGACGAUGCACUGACAGAUUGCCCAGAGGACAAUCCAAUACCUGAUGAGCCAUUAAAGCAAAUGAAGUGCAAAAAUGAUCUAAGAAUACUUCUUGUUGGACAUACUGGCCAUGGCAAAAGUGCGACUGGAAACACACUUCUUGGAAUCAAAAGGGAUGAAGGAUUUAAAGAUGAAUUAAGCCCUGAAUCUGUAACAGAAAAAUGUAUCAGGAUGACAAAAAAACGAUUUGGCAGAACAUUAGAAGUUGUUGACACUCCUGGACUUUAUGACACUUGCCAAAAUGACCAACAUGUAUAUGAAGAAUUAAUCAACAGUAUUGCAUUGACAUUGCCUGGCUUCAAUGCUGUCUGCUUAGUACAGAGACCAGAUCGGUUUUCUCCUGAAUUGGUCAACACUGUGGACCAUUUCUUCAAAUUUUUUGGAAAAGGCAUUAAUGAUUAUGCAUUUGUCAUCUUGACUCACAUAGAUUCAGAAGAAAAAAUGAAAAAAUACACAAAAACUGGUGAGAAAAAUACUGAAAAACAGGGACUUAAGUCAUUUAUAGAGCUUAGAAAUCGUUGUAAAGACAAACUGCUGUUCAUUGAGAACAAUGAAUAUUUUCCUAAAGAUAAAAAAGAAGAAAUGGUUUGGAAUAUUUUGACGGCAGUGGAUGAAGCCAACGCAAAAGCAUCAAAACCAUACUUCCAAAACCAACUUACAAAGGAGAUACAACAAAGGGCUAAAGACUUUUAUAUCAAUCAUGUCCUUGGUUCCGGUUCUGAGCGGGCAAAAGAAGAUCUAAGAAUUAUUCUGCUUGAACUUCCUGGAAAACAUUUACCCGGAAACUCGCUUCUGGGAGGACACGUUUUUGAUAGAACGGGAAAUGCAGACAAACAAAUACAAUUUCUUGACCGAGGGACUUGAAAGUUUCUACAAGGAGGAUGAAGAAAUCGAUCACAUCCGUGGCAUGUUGGACGGCCUUGCGUUCUUACCCGUGGAUGACGUCGCCAGCGGGAUGGCAUAUUUGAAGAAGUCGGCACCAGACGUACUCACAUCGGUAGUGGACUACUUUGGCACCUACUCCGUGUCUGGUGUGUUCCGGACUAAAUACCAACGGUUGGAUAUGCUUCAGCCGGACUCCCCCUAGGUACCAGCCAGAAAUGUGGAAUGUCCACGCAGAGACUUUAAGCUCCAGCGACCGCACCAACAAUGUCUGCGAAAGCUGGAAUAAUGGUUUUGGCAUCUCGUUGACCACGACAACCCAUCACUGUGGAUUUUAAUAGGCUGCCUGCAGAAAGACAGCGCGAUGACUGAAACAGAUGUCUACAGACUAAGCAAGGGUGAGUCAGUGGAUAAACGUAUCAGAAAGAAGAUGGUGAGCAACCAACAUACACUAAAGAUUUUGUGUGAUCAGUAUUUGACUGGAACCAUGUCGAUGGUGGAGUUUCUUCAGAAUGUUGGGCACCAAAUUUGUCUCUGGCACUAGGAUGUGUUGUGAAUAAUCAGUGCGCAUAAGAUCAUAAAUACAAGUUUUAAAAAAAAGGCUCCAACAACCUCAACGGGACCAAAGAUGCUGCUAAUUGGGAAGACCUGGUGAAGAAGACAUUGGACAACCCUAAAGAUAAAGAGGAAUAGGACAUCACAGAAGACUUUUACUAGGAAACGCCAACUGGGAUGACAGACCAGGAGGUGAAGUUUUUUGACAGCGACAACAACACCGAAGUUUAAGAAUUUAAAGGUUUUGACGCCUCAGACAUCAACAGAAGACAAGUGUAGACAACAACCAGAACCAUAACGACCCUUUUCAGGGCAUCUAUAUUCUUAAGAGAAUAAUCUUUUAAAUUGUCUAAAAUAUAGUGCUAUGCAAUCCAUGCUUCUAAUCAUAUAAACGCAACUUUCUUUGAAAACAAAAUUUAAAGCGCUUGAAAUACUUGGAUUUAUUUUUUGUGAAAUAAUUUUUGUCUUGAAACCUUUUUCCUCCACUUUGGCUUUUAAAAUAUCGGGUGCGUGUCAUACAUGGUAGGGCACUAUACAUGGUAAAAUACGGUAUAUAAUCUAACUAAGUUUCAAACUACUAACUAACUGUUUAGUUACAAAACAAAAUUAAAUUAACAGGCAAAUUAAUGUCAGUAGACGUUAGAAGGAUCAGGUUAAUUGAGUCAUUUAUAUUAUUUUUCAUUGUUAACUAAAAAUCUCAACAAAGGUUAUAACAAACCCACUUUUUCCUUUUUAUCACUGCAAAAUUAAUAAAAUGUACAUGAAACACUUUCAGUUAGAAAUGUCAGCUUUAAUUAUUUAAGUUACAGAUGGAGGACUGUUUUGUUCCUCACACAAUAUUAGGAAUAAUACAAAGGAAUUCAAUGUUAAUUUCAGUCAACCUUAAACACACCUUCAGUUUAGUUUAUAUGGUAUGACAACUUCAUAUUAUAGCAACAGGAAAUUCAAUUUGUGUAAUGAAAAUUCAAGCUUCUUAAUUUUUUAAAGGCCUAUUAUAUAAAUUCCGCUUCACUUUACAUAUAAAGAACACUUUUUGACAAUGGUUUGUUGUAUAUUCCAAAUAUUUAGAUUGAGUAAACAUUUAAGAAAUUCAUUUUAAAUUUCUACAGUAAAAGAUCUAUGUGUUCUGUUUAGAAUUCAAAGACAAUUUAUAAAAUAUAAAAAAAGAAAUGUGUAUAUUGCAUUACAACAUUAAAAUAUAAUUAAGUAUUUGAGAAAAAUCAAAUAAAUGUCUAUAUAUGUAUUUUUUAUACAUAUUGAUGUAUACAAUUUAGGAAGUAUAAAUCUUUAUCUGCUUAUAUUACUGCAGGGUCUAUACAUUCCAAUAUCAUUUUCCUCCUCAAUGUGUGCACCUUAGUUCUAUGAACAUUGAAUGUGGGUGUUUUAAAACUUGACGUGAUUUCAUGACUAUGUUCUUUUUAAUAUGAAUGACAUGAAAAUUGAACAGUUUUAAUGCUGUAUAUGUUAACAACGUGAAAAUGUUCUCUUUUUUAUAUACUAGUAACUGAUGUAAACAUUGAACGUUUCUCUCAUUUUUAUAUAACUGGUGCGAACGAAGGAACGUUGUCAACAUUUUAGUAUUGCUAAUGAGAACAUUCCACAGUAAUGUUGUCUUCAUUCUUUGAUUACUGAUUUGAACAUUCAAUAGUUUUCUCCAUGUUUAUAUUACUGAUGUGAACAUUCAACAGUUGUCUUCAUGUUAUAUUACUGAUGUGAUCAUUCAACAAUUGUUUUCAUUUCUAUAUUACUGAUGUGAACAUUCAACAGUUGUCUUCAUGUUUACAUUACUGUUGUGAACAUUCAACAGUUGUCUUCGUGUUUAUAUUACUGAUGUGAACAUUCAACAGUUGUUUUCAUUUCUAUAUUACUGAUUUCUAUAUUACUGAUGUGAACAUUCAACAGUUGUCUCCAUUUUUAUAUUACUGAUGUGCAGGGAUCAUAUUUUCCAGCAACACCAAUCGGUCUGUAUUUAAAUGGGGAAAAAGUUUCCGAAAAUUUUUAACCGAAACUAUGACAAAUUACGUUAAAAUAUAUACCAUUGAUUUUGCCAUUCAUGAAGAGGGUAUAAUAAUGUAAAAGUUAAAUUGCCUUAAGCAUUUUUUUAAACGGAAUAUACGAGUUUUCUCAGUUGUUUUAUCAUUAGCUAUUUCAUUGUUGUUUCGGUAACUUGUUGUUGAAUCUAAUUAUGGCGUCGUUGUCGCCUAUGGUCUCGUUGUGCUUUGACGACUAACUGUUUUAUCUGACUUUUCAUUGUUGUCAAUAUUAUUAAUCUGUGUAAGUCUAUACCGAUGUUUUUUAAUCAUUGUCGACUCGAUAAUAGCUUACACACAUGCAUUGUAUCUAACAAAUGUCUGUGCGUAGGUUGGCUACUGGCAAUAAUAAAACCAAAUAGUUGAAAAACAAUUCGUGUACGUUAUAGUUUUUUUGUCGAAUAAACCACGGCCGAUAGUUAAGAUGCGUAGAUUAAAAACCACGCAUCUUAACUUCCGGUCGUGGGUUAUUCAACAACAAACAAUAGAGUACACGAAUUAUUUCGAUUCGAACACGAUUUUUACUUAAGAUUUAUACAAUGUAUAUUAUUUUUCUUGUGAACUAUUUUAUGUGAAGUUCCGACCAUAAAAAUAAAUUUCGGCUGUUCUGUCAAUCAAAACCGCAACUUUCAUUCAUUUAUUGCCGGCUUAUUACGAUGGUGGAAAAUGUAUCGGCAUGUAAUGUUUAGUUACAGCGCGUGCUUGCAGUGUAUAAGGUCCGCCCACAAUUAUUGCACAAUAUCCGAUUUUCUUCUUUGUUUAUAUGAAAGUUUACUGACUGUAUCAUGCAUGAAAUGCACAAUUUCCACGAGGAUAACAUCGAGGUUUUAAUCUCCGAAGUAACUGUCAACGAUUUUAUCAUGGACGAGCACACAUUACGGACCGAUUAGUGUACUAGGUAUAAGCCAGUGAAAUUAUCGAUUGAUAUUGACACUGGGUUAUUCACGCUUGACUAAUUACACAACCGCGCGAAUCUUCGUUGUUUGGGGUCAUACGCUGAUACUAGUCGGCUGACGUGCAAUAGACUGAUCCUGACCGGUUUAGAGACUGCAGUGAAUGGUUUAUCACACCUAAUCGAGCUAAGAAUGUAAUUAGGGUAUGCUAGCAUGUUCCGUAAUCGAUUUUAUGACAUGGGAAUUUUAGCAAACAAAAUCGGACCGACUCUUUUGGAUUUUCAAUCGGUCUUUCAUGACCUCAAUCGGUAUAGGACCUACAAAACCGAAAAUAUGAUCCCUGCUGAUGUGAACAUUCAACAAUUGUCUUCAUGUUUCUAUUACUGAUGUGGACAUUCAACAGUUAUUUUCAUUUCUAUAUUACUGAUUUCUAUAUUACUGAUGUGAACAUUCAACAGUUGUCUUCAUUUAUAUAUUACUAAUGUGAACAUUAAACAGUUGUCUUCAUGUUUCUAUAACUGAUGUGGACAUUCAACAGUUAUUUUCAUUUCUAUAUUACUGAUUUCUAUAUUACUGAUGUGAACAUUCAACAGUUGUCUUCAUUUUUAUAUUACUGAUGUGAACAUUCAACAGUUGUUUUAAUUUCUAUAUUACUGAUUUCUUUAUUACUGAGGUGAACAUUCAACAGUUGUCUUCCUUUUUAAUAUUACUGAUGUGAACAUUCAACAGUUGUUUUCAGUUCUAUAUUACUGAUGUUAACAUUCAACAGUUGCUUUCAUUUCUAUAUUCCCGAUAUGAACAUUCAACAGUUGUCUUCAUGUUUAUAUUACUGAUGUGAACAUUCAACAGUUGUCUUCAUGUUUAUAUUACUGAUGUCAACAUUCAACAGUUGUCUUCAUUUUUAUAUUACUGAUGUGAACAUUCAACAGUUGUCUUCAUUUUUAUAUUACUGAUGUGUACAUUCAACAGUUAUUUUCAUUUCUAUAUUACUGAUGUGAACAUUCAACAGUUUUCUUGAUUUUUAUAUUACUAAUGUUAACAUACAACAAACUUGUCUUCAUUUAAAUAUUAGUGAUGUGAACAUUCAACAGUUGUUUUCAUUUAUAUUACGGAUGUGAACAUUCAACAGUUGAUUUAAUUGUUAUAUAAAUCUUCAUUUCAUAUCAAUAGUGCAUUUCCCUUAAAAUUCAGAGAAGACCUUUAAUAUUGAAACUUAUUUUUAAUGAAAAUGUGAUUAUUAGUAUUCAAACUUGUGUUAUACUUUUAUUUUUUACAUUAAAUUAUAAGGGCGUUGUCCUGCUUUCCAGUUGUUUCUGAUUUCAACUUUUUUUUCAAUAUUUAAGUUUUUUGGUUCAGUUCUGUUUGUGUACAUACAUUUUUUCGCAGACUAGAUGCAAUCUUAAUGAUUGUUAUUAAAGCCAAAUGUCAACAGAUUGAUCACAUUUAAGUGGAAAAUAAGCUUGGUAUUCAUUUUAAAUACAUUUCGUUUUAUACUGACUGAUGUGCAAGGUCAGUUUCUAAUAAAUCGAAAUAAAAGCAGUUUAUAACGUCAUUUUCAUCAAGUGAUUACAUGUAUAAAUUUUCAUUUGAUUCAAUAUAUUUGCUCAAACCAGAAUGGCAAUUAAUAAACUCAUCAUAUAAGAAAGAUUAAUCAACUUUUAAUUUAUAGUUAUUAUUCCAUAUAUUUUUUUGAGGCUACAAACCACAAACAAGUCUCAUGUUUAUGCACUAAUGAUAAAGUACAGGCAUUUCCCCGGGAUAGUGGUAAGGCACAGCAGCAAGACAGCGCGGAAGGGGGAUGGUGCGGAAGGGGGAUGGUGGGGAAGGGGGCGCGCGUGUCGAUUAUGUAUGUAUAUGUAUAUUCUACAUGUUAUUGAUCAAUAUCUAAACUACUUUGAAGUUAUUUAAACACAACAUUUACUUGUAUUAUUUAUUUAUUUUUUGUCAAUUAAUUUUAUUGAAGUCAUAUAUUAUAAUUUUGAAUAACAAUCAAAAUAUCAGUAGGCAUUAGAACGCAAAAACUAACUGAAAAACAAACAAAUUUAAAAUGACAUAUUUUGCCAUAAGUAUACAGUAAUACAAUGUUAAGUUAAAAACUGUUCUCUGCGGCUUCUCCUGAUGCAAGGCAUACACCAUUCUUUCGGGACCCACUGCAUCAAUAUCUGACUUCAAGCGGAAAGAAGACGUAGUGCGAGCUUGAUUUUCUUUGUUUACCCUGUUCAUUAUGCUGAAGCGCCUCUGGCAGUCUGCAAUGCACACAAUAACUCUCAAAUUAGAUAUUUUAAAUCACUUUGAUUUUACAUGCAAAUAUAUAUUCAUGCAAAUAAAAAACAUCUUUCAUUUGUUAUAGUGUUCUUGAGAGCCUAGUCAAGUACCUAUAAGCUGUAAAAAGGGGCAGACCAACAGCUGCCAGCUUGUACAGAUGGUUUUGGCUUUUCCGUAAACGGAUGGUCACCUAGCUACUACAUCGCCUCAUCAGCCUUCUUCUGAAGGCUGAUUAAAUCGCUUGGUUGGUGGGGUGGGAGGUCUCAGGAUCACUGGAAACGCCCUAGGCACUUGCACUUAUCAUACUCUUCGACAGCGACGAUUCAUUAGAAGUUCUUACCAAGAAAUUAGCAAUUGCAGAUUUCCCAAACACAAGGACUGGUUGUUUCUUGAUCUCAUCAUUCUGUCAUGCACAAAAACUUAAGAAAAAAAAUGUUGCAGGUAUAUUUCGUAAAAAUCUAAGAAAUUAUUGGUGUGAAUACAUGAGAUGUUGGUGCUGUUAAUUUAAAAAUGUUGCACGUAUAUUUCGUAAAAAUCAAAGAGAUUAUUGGAUGCGAAUACACGCUGUUAAUUUAUAGUUGCCUUUGACAAAAUAGUGUGACCCUAUUUUAAGUGGGUGGUAGCGACCAACUGAGACAUUUGACUUCAAUUAAUUGUAAUUACAACUUAAAUAAUGCACAACCGCAACAAACAUCAUGGUUGAUCCCCAAAAAUGACCUUUAUAUACCCCUUAUGCACACACUGCUUAUUAGGGUGUGCGUGUUUUGAUUGAUCCUGUGCUGAAUGCAGACACCAUUCAGAUCAGAGAUUGCAAGCACAUGUGCAAUUUUCAAGCGUCGCGGCGGUAUGAUCCAAAAAACAAGCGCCGCUGCUAAAUGAAUUUUGAAUUUCAGGCACCAUAGAGCAGCUGUGCUAAACCCACCAGGGGAAAUGCCUGUUAUAACAUGAAUCAAAACUUGGAAAUAAUUUAUUUAAUGUAACAAAGCAACUCUGUUAAGUACUUAAUGCAUGUAACAUCUCCAUAUUUAUUGUAUAUGUGAAUACAAAUUUCUUCUUGAAAA